GAGUGGCGGAGAGUGACCGCGGCUGCUCCACUGCUGAGGCCGCGCCAUGGCAGACAAGGAGCUUGAGGCGCUGAGGAGACAGAGGCUAGCCGAGUUGCAGGCCAAACACGGGGAUCCUGGUGAUGCAGCCCAACAGGAAGCAAAGCACAGGGAAGCAGAAAUGAGAAACAGUAUCUUAGCCCAAGUUCUGGAUCAGUCGGCCUGGGCCAGGUUAAGUAACUUAGCACUUGUAAAGCCUGAAAAAACUAAAGCAGUAGAGAAUUACCUUAUACAGAUGGCAAGAUAUGGACAACUAAGUGAGAAGGUAUCAGAACACGGUUUAAUAGAAAUCCUUAAAAAAGUAAGCCAACAAACAGAAAAGACAACAACAGUGAAAUUCAACAGAAGAAAAGUAAUGGACUCUGAUGAAGAUGACGAUUAUUGAGCUGCAAGUGCUCACAGACUAGAACUUAAAGGAAAAAUUCUAGGACAGAAGUUAAGAUCUGAUUAUUUACUUUGUUUAUUGUCUAUAUGCCCUUAAAACAAUAAACUUGUUAUGCA